UCGUGUUUUGAACCUUGGUGAUCGUCAUAUUGUCUGGAGACGGGGAUAUGACGUGUUGGCAACUGAGAGACUGGUGUUGAGUCCUGACCCAAGGAUCACUGUUUCCACCAACCUCGACCUCUUCUCCCUCUUUAUCAAAGACAUCGAGAACAAGGACAAGGGGGAAUACGUCUGCCAGAUCUCAACAAUCUCUGGAUCUUCGAACCUAAUCUCUGUUGAGCAUACCCUGGAUAUUCUAGUUCCAGCCCAAGUUCUAAGCACUCCAGAAACUGCUUACUUGACCCUAAAGCAGGGUGAAGAUGCUCUCUUAGAGUGCAAAGUAUCUGGGAAUCCUAAACCAACAGUUACAUGGACCAAACAGGGUUCUGAUCGAAAGAUGUACGGAGCUGAAUGCACUGGUGGAUCAUGUGUUAGUUUAACAAACACCCAGCAGGGGGAUGCUGGAGCGUACACUUGUACGGCAGACAAUGGCGUGGGUGCACCACAUGCAGCCAACAUCUUCCUCACAGUUCAAUAUCCUCCUCAAAUAUCCAGCUCUCAAGAUAAACAAGUUCAACAGCAUCAAGGAGAAGUCCGGUUAGAAUGUGAGGUCGAGGGAGAACCUAAACCUGUAGUUACCUGGCAUAAGAACACUCAGCAAGUUUUCCCGUCAAACACAGUUAAAAUUAAGGAGUCUGAAGCAAAGAACUACUUGGUACUGUUGGACGCCUCCUCCUCCUCCUCUUUUGGCAAUUAUUCAUGCCUGGCAAAAAAUAUUCUUGGAGAAGCAAAGAAGUAUAUCGAAGUGCAUGGUCGGCCUUCAUCUGCUGUAUUCUCUAUCAUGGAUUCCAAGCCUACUAGAACCCACUACUAUCUGGUCUGGGAUGUUAAAAGUCCUACUCCUAUCCUGGAAUACAGAUUACUAUACAGGAAAAUAAUAAAGCAGGGACAGAUGAGAGGAACUUAUGAAGGAGAUGAUUGGACAAACGUUAUUAUUCCUGGGGAUCAAUUCAAUACAGGCAUACAGACACAGGUAAAACUGUCUGUACAUCUGGGCCCCCCCCCUCCAGUCUGGGAGUAAAGUAUCUGUGUAUCU